AUGAGUUUUUAUAGACAUAUAUUUGUACUAUUCGUUAUAUUUUUACGUAAUAUAGAAACUGUCGGCAAUCCUGACUUGGUAUUAGACGGUGGACUUGAAAAUCCCUCACCUUUAGCUGUUGGACUAUUAUUUUUCAUUAAAGUUAAUAAUACUUCUGAAAAUGAUUACGAUAUUGAAUUGACGCCUGAUGAGUGCUGUCUCAAUGACGAUGAUAAUAUUGAUUGUGAUUAUUUGAAUAUUUUGGGAGGAUGCUAUGAUCACGUACCAAGAUAUCGAACAAAAAUUUUAAGAGUUGUAGCACCACUCUUAGAUGUUUAUGAAAGAAACGGCUACUGUAACGUCUUCAUUGAUUCAAAAUCACAUAACAGUCCUAAUAAGAGAGAUGCUUUAAAAAUUAACUUCGAUACUACAAUAAGAAAUAAUGAAUACAAUUUAGGUCGUAAUCUAAAGCACUGUAGUAACAGAGAUGAAGAUCCAUUUGAUGAUUGCAAGCCAGUCAAUUGUGAUACUUAUUACAAUGGAAAAAGGUCUUAUUUUAGUCGAAAAUAUAAAAGAUGCGUUAACGUACCACCAUGCGUUUCAGAUGAUCAAUCUGAAUAUCCCACAGUUGUAUACAAUCCAAUAAUUAAUACAUGCAACGAAGAAUCAGUAAAUAAAAGAGAUUUAGAAAUUGUCAAGAACCUAAGCCGGAAAGCCAAACAUAGAAAAGCUAAAGAUGUAUUAAUAAUUAGUAAAUUUCGUCCAAACGUUACUGAAUUUGUAAACACUAUUGAUUUAAUUGAUGACGUUAUAAGAACUACAGCUAAACCUAUAAAACAUGUAAUUAGUUCUUCAGAAGAGGUAAAUCAUUAUUGUAUUCAAUCGUUCUGGAAAAGAUACUUCGUUGAUAAUAAAUGGACUAUAAUAGUAUUUUCAUCUAUAGUAACAAUACAGUGUUUCAUGAUUUUUACGAUGUUUUAUUGUUUAUCUAAAACUUGCAUUUGUUGUGAAGAUAAAAAAGUUGUCCGGAAGUUUUUUAACUACCGCCAAGAUGUUUCAGUAACUACACCAUUGAUUGCUACAAGUAAUAUUGACACAGAAACUGACUAUCAAUACAUGAGCGAGACUUCUAACAAUGUCGAGCAAAAGAUUAAAUGUUACAAAGCUUGCCAAAAAGAAAAUCAGAAUUUAAAGACAAGUAUGUCUGAUGAUAUACUAUCUAAAUGUUUAAAUAGACGCGAUUGGAAGAAAUUUAAAUCAGAAGCUAUAACUGAAAUUAAUAAAGACACAGAAAUGCAAAAGACUGACUUUGAAAUAAGAGAUAUCAAUUUAUCAAAAAAUGAUAAAUUUGGAAAAUUUGAAGAAAAUAAAGUCGUGUUUGAAGAUGAAAUUAAAAAUGUUGAUAGAGAUAGAACUAAAACUGUUAGCAUUGUUAGCAAUUCAGAAAUAAUGCGACAAGAAAGUUCUAAUAUUGAAGCCAAUAAUAUAGCCUCGGAAAAGGAAAUCAAAUGUCAUAGCUACAGUUGUUUUGAUGCACCUGAUAUAAAGCCGCUUAGAAAUACUUGUUUUAUCAAAGACGAUAAAGCUAAAAUUAAUGCGCCAUCGGUUUCCACCGAAAAGGGCGCUCAAAUAUACUUUUCCAAUGAUUCAAUCGACGAUUUCUUAUCAGAACGAGGAGUUACUUAUCUUGCCGGCGAAAAUAUAUCAAAAUACACAUUUUCAAGUGAUUUCAAUAAUGUUAAACAAUCACCAUCUAAAGUUUCCAGUAAAACAUCGAAAAAUUUUGUCAGAAAUGUGCUUUCUUUGUUACGUAAGAAGUCUAAGCUUGGUACUAAUUCGGAUCCUGGUAAAAAUAAAGAUACCGAUGUUAAAUUAAUACAUAUGUCAAAAGCAACUAUUUACACAUCAAGCAAUGACUCGGACUACAUAAGAACAUUGAGGAGGAAUGAUUCAAGGACAUCUUUUUAAUUUUUAAGUUUUUUAGAUUGUACCUACU